AUGGCUCCUUCCCCGCUCCUGCUUCUCCUCGCACUUCUCCCCCGGGUUUUUCCGCUGCUGGAUACUAGCAUCUUCUUAAUAUAUAAUGAAGAUCACAAGCGCUGUGUACUGGCUCAAAGUUCUAAUUCAGUGACUACUGCUCCUUGCGUUCAAGAAAAUGAGUCACAAAAAUUCAGGUGGGUCUCAGAUCACCAGCUUAUGAGCAUAGGAUUCAAAUUGUGCUUGGGAGUGCCUUCGAAGAAAGACUGGGUUCCGAUCACUCUGUAUCCUUGUGACAAGGCUAGUGAACUUCAGCGAUGGGAAUGCAGAAAUGAGACUCUCUUUGCAAUCCAAGGGGAAGAUUUGUUUUUCAACUAUGGAAACAGACAGGAAAGGAAUAUUAUGCUGUACAAGGGAUCUGGUUUAUGGAGUAGGUGGAAAGUCUACGGAACCACAGACGAUCUGUGUUCUCGAGGCUAUGAAGAUACCUACACAGUGAAAGGAAAUGCCAAUGGAGCACCUUGUGUAUUCCCUUUUAAGUUUGGUGAUAAAUGGUAUGCUGACUGCACAGAUGCUGGCAGAUCAGAUGGCUGGUUCUGGUGUGGAACCACUUCAAACUUCGAUGUUGACAAGAUAUAUGGAUUUUGCCCAUUGAAAUUUAACAGUAUUGAUUUGUUGUGGAGUACAGAUCCUUUAACAAAUGUCCAGUAUCAGAUAAACUCUGAGGCAGCUCUGAAAUGGCACCAGGCAAGAAAAAGCUGUCAACAACAGAAGGCAGAGUUAUUAAGCAUCACAGAGUUGCAUGAACAAACAUACCUGACAGGUUUGACUGGCAGACUGAGUUCUGCUCUCUGGUUUGGUCUUAACAGUUUGAAUUUCAACAGUGGAUGGCAAUGGGUUGGUGGUGCUCCUUUUCGAUACUUAAACUGGGUUCCAGGACACCCUUCUCCAGAACCUGGAAAAAUCUGUGCAGCAUUAAAUCCUGGCAAAGGUGCUAAGUGGGAGAAUCGGGAAUGUGAUCAGAAACUUGGCUAUAUUUGUAAACGAGGAAAUGCUACUUUAGAAUCUUUCAUUAUUCCUACAGAGACUAAUGUGCCUAUUAGAUGUCCUGAUCAAUGGAUGUCAUAUGCUGGUCACUGCUACAUAAUUCACAGGGACCCCAAAAUAUGGAAAGAUGCUCUAACAUCUUGCAGGAAAGAGGAUGGGGAUCUGGCGAGCAUCCAUAAUGUUGAAGAGUACAGCUUUGUUAUUUCUCAACUUGGGUACCAGCCAGCUGAUGAGCUGUGGAUUGGGUUGAAUGACCUCAAAGUUCAGAUGUAUUUUGAAUGGAGCGAUGGGACACCCGUCACCUAUGCCAAGUGGCUUCGUGGAGAACCCACUCAUGCAAACAACAGGCAAGAGGACUGUGUUGUUAUGAAGGGAAAGGAUGGAUUUUGGGCAGACCAUUCUUGUGAAAAGAAAAUUGGCUACAUCUGUAAAAGGAAACCCAUGUCAGAAGCUCCUACAGAAGAGGAAACUAUUGACAUGGGCUGCCAGAGAGGUUGGAAAAGACAUGGUUUUUAUUGUUACUUCAUUGGAAAUACAUUUGUAUCUUUUCCUCAAGCAAAUCAAACCUGUGGAAGGCAUCAGGCCUUUUUAGCAACUAUUGAAGACAGAUAUGAACAAGCCUAUCUGACUAGCCUGGUUGGGCUGAGAACAGAAAGAUACUUUUGGAUUGGACUUUCAGAUGUAGAAGAAAAGGGAACAUUCAAGUGGGCUAAUGGUGAAUCUGUCUUAUUUACACACUGGAAUUCUGAAAUGCCUGGAAGAAAGCCGGGCUGCGUUGCCAUGAGGACUGGAAUUGCAGGUGGAUUAUGGGAUGUAAUAAAAUGUGAAGAAAAGGCAAAGUUCCUAUGCAAAGUGUGGGCAGAGGGAGUGACGCUUCCACCUCUUCCUACAACAACUCCUAUUCCUCGGUGUCCAGAAGGUUGGGACUCAAACAAUCGUAUUAGCUUCUGUUUCAAACCUUUUUCAAGAGGAGAGCAAAAGAAAACAUGGCUUGAAUCUCAAGAGUUUUGUCGAGCUAUAGGAGGAGAUCUGGCAUCCAUUAAUGGUAAAGAAGAACAGUAUGUGAUAUGGCGUUCUAUUGCGAACAAUGGCUAUUACCACCAGCAUUUCUGGAUGGGGUUAUAUUACUUGAAUCCUGAUGAUGGCUUUGUUUGGAGUGAUGGAUCUCCAGUGCGGUAUGAAAACUGGGGCUUUGGAGAACCCAAUAAUUAUCAAGGGAUUGAACUUUGUGCAGAGAUCAGUGGUGAUUCCAGCAUGCUUUGGAAUGACAGGCACUGUGAUUAUCUAUAUGGAUGGAUUUGCCAGAUAAGAAAAGGGGCAAGUGUAAAGCCUGAACCAACAGAAUCUCCUGCACCCAAGUACAAGACUACUGAGGAUGGAUGGAUUAUACAUGAAGACAAACAAUAUUAUUUCAGCACAGAGAGUGUUCCUAUGGAAAAAGGUCGGGAGUUCUGCAAAAGGAACUUUGGGGACCUUGCCGUCAUUCAGAAUGAAAGUGAAAGAAAGUUCCUCUGGCGAUAUAUCUUGAAAAAUGGCAGAGAGGAUUCCUAUUUCAUUGGUUUACAACUGAGUGUUGACCAACGGACAAGCUGGAUGGAUGGCACUCCAGUGAAUUAUUUGGCAUGGGCACCACAUGAACCUAACUUUGCAAAUAAUGAUGAAAACUGUGUUGUUAUGUAUAAGAAUUUAGGAUUUUGGAAUGAUAUAAACUGUGGUUAUCCAAAUCCCUACAUAUGUGAAAGGCACAACAGUUCCAUUAAUUCAACUGUUCCUCCAACAACAUUUUCAGCUCCAAGAGGAUGUCAUCCAACUUGGCUUUCCUUUCAUAAUAAGUGUUACAAAAUAUUUGGAUCUACAGAAGAUGAACGUGUCACUUGGCAUGCUGCACGAACAGCUUGCAUGAAUUUAGGAGGAAACCUGGCCACUAUCCCUAAUGAACAAGUGCAAGCUUUCCUCACCUUCCAUAUGAAAGAUUUUGUUACUGAUACAUGGAUUGGAUUAAAUGAUAUAAAUCAUGAACUGAGGUUCCUCUGGACAGACGGAACAGGAGUUUACUUUACAAACUGGGCCAAAGGCUUCCCAUCGGGACAUAUGGAUUUAUACUCAUAUGAUGGCCAGGCUGAUUGUGUUGUCAUGAGAAACAAUCCUGUUAAGGAAGCAGGGAAGUGGGCUGAUGAGAGUUGUGAUAACAACAGAGGAUAUAUAUGCCAAAUUAAUGCAGAUGCUGAGUUUCUGCCUUCUAUAAGUUCAUCCCCAUCUAGCAUUAUCCGUUAUGGUAACAGCAGUUAUUUGUUCAUCCAUACCAAAAUGAAAUGGGACGAUGCACGAAAGAACUGCAGACGUGAUCAGUUUGACCUUUCCAGCAUCUUAGACCCCUAUAGUCAUUCGUUCCUGUGGCUAAAGAUGUUGAAGUAUGGGGUGCCUAUGUGGAUUGGUCUUAACAGUAAUGUGACCAAUGGGCGUUAUGAAUGGAUUGAUAACUGGAGAAUGAAGUAUACUAAAUGGGCUGAAGGGGAGCCAAAACAGAAAAUAGGCUGUGUCUAUCUAGACAUUGCUGGAGCCUGGAAGACAGGAUCCUGCAAUGAAAGUUACUUCUCUGUUUGCAAAAAACCUGAUGUUCAAGCUCCCACAGAGCCCCCUCAGCUUCCAGGAAAGUGCCCUGAAUCAGAAGGACACAAGUCUUGGAUCCCUUUCCGAGGUCAUUGCUACUACAUUGAAUCUUCAUCUACAAGAAACUGGGCCCAGGCAUCUUUAGAAUGUCUUCGACUAGGUGCCUCUUUGGUAUCAGUUGAAGACUCAGCUGAAGCCAACUUUCUGGCAUACAGCAUUGAACCACUUGAAGGAAAAACAUCAACUUUUUGGACAGGAAUGUACAGAAAUGUGGAUGGAGAAUGGUUGUGGUUAGACAACACUGCAGUGAAUUUUGUCAACUGGAAUGUGGGAGAACCUUCCCCUCAACAAAACGAGCACUGUGUUGAAAUGUACGCAAACUCUGGGUACUGGAAUAAUAUCUAUUGCUCUUCAUACAAAGGCUAUGUUUGUAAAAAGCCAAAAACAACCGAAAUGCCACCAGAAGCUGAAAUGCCCCCAGCUGAAAUGCCUACAAAGGCAAUGACAAAGGACGAGAAGGCUCCUACGCUGAACCAUGGUAAAACAGGAGUUGUAGUUAUUGUUGUCAUCCUCAUCCUAAUGGGAAGUGGCCUUGCAGGCUAUCUCUUCUACAAAAGAAGAAAGAAUCGCUUGUCAGCAAAUGACAGCUUUGAGAACAAUUUGUAUUUUAAUAGUGAUGCAGUUCCUGGAACUAGUGACACAAAGGAUCUUGUGACCAACAUAGAACAGAAUGAACAUGCGACACUGUAAUGUAAUAAAAUGAAAUGUAAUGUAAUAUGUAAUGUAAAAUGUAAUGUAAUAAAAUGAAAUGUGCCUUGUUUUAAUAAAAUUAUGCAAUUAGAAUUAAGCCAAAGCUAUUUUCUCAUGUGC